GUGAUCCGUCGGGCGCACCUUGCUCCAGCGCCGCGUCUGUGGCGGUGUUACCUCCUUGGAGCUAUGGCGGUGUCUGCCCGGUCCGCGCGGGCCCCGUCGGACUCACAUAAAGUACAGAAAGACAAGGCUGGACGGACUUCAGGGCCCAGUCAGGGCAGCGGAAUGGCGAAACUCUUGGGUUUUGAGUGGACAGAUGUUUCCAGCUGGGGGAGGCUGGUGACCCUGCUGAACCGACCAACGGAUCCUGCCAGCCUGGCCGUCUUCCGUUUUCUCUUUGGGCUGAUGAUGGUGUUGGACAUUCCCCAGGAACGGGGGCUCAGCUCCCUAGACCGAAGAUACCUGGAUGGGCUGGAGGUUUGCCGCUUCCCCUUGCUGGAUGCCCUGCAGCCACUACCACUUGACUGGAUGUAUCUUGUCUAUACCGUCAUGUUUCUGGGGGCACUGGGCAUGAUGCUGGGCCUGUGCUACCGGAUAAGCUGUGUGUUAUUCCUGCUGCCAUACUGGUAUGUGUUUCUCCUGGACAAGACGUCAUGGAACAACCACUCCUAUCUGUAUGGUUUGUUGGCCUUUCAGCUGACAUUCAUGGAUGCGAACCACUACUGGUCUGUGGACGGCCUGCUGAAUGCCCGUAAGCAGAAUGCCCACGUGCCCCUUUGGAACUAUGCUGUGCUGCGGGGCCAGAUCUUCAUUGUGUACUUCAUUGCGGGUGUGAAAAAGCUGGACGCAGACUGGGUUGAAGGCUAUUCCAUGGAGUACCUGUCCCGGCACUGGCUCUUCAGUCCCUUCAAACUGGUAUUGUCCGAGGAGAUGACUAGUCUGCUAGUGGUGCACUGGUGUGGACUGCUGCUCGACCUCUCAGCCGGUUUCCUGCUCUUCUUUGAUGCCUCGAGGUCCAUUGGCCUCCUCUUCGUGUCCUACUUCCACUGCAUGAAUUCCCAGCUUUUCAGCAUCGGUAUGUUCCCGUACGUCAUGCUCGCCAGCAGCCCUCUCUUCUGCUACCCUGAGUGGCCCCGGAAGCUAGUAUCUCACUUCCCUGAAAGGCUGCAAGAACUGCUGCCCCUCAAGGCUGCCCCUCAGCCCAGUGUGUCCUGCGUAUAUAAGAGGAGCCGAGCCAAAGGUGGCCAGAAGCCAGGGCUGCGCCAUCAGCUCGGUGCCGCCUUCACCCUGCUCUACCUCCUGGAGCAGCUCUUCCUGCCCUAUUCUCAUUUCCUCACCCAGGGCUAUAACAACUGGACAAAUGGGCUGUAUGGCUAUUCCUGGGACAUGAUGGUACACUCGCGCUCCCACCAGCACGUGAAGAUCACCUACCGUGACGGCCGCACUGGCGAGCUGGGCUACCUUAACCCUGGGGUAUUCACACAGAGCCGACGAUGGAAGGAUCAUGCAGACAUGCUGAAGCAAUAUGCUACUUGCCUGAGCCAACUGCUUCCCAAGUACAAUGUCACUGAGCCCCAGAUCUACUUUGAUAUUUGGGUCUCCAUCAAUGACCGCUUCCAGCAGAGGAUUUUUGACCCUCGUGUGGACAUCGUGCAGGCCGCCUGGUCCCCAUUCCAGCGUACAUCUUGGCUGCAGCCACUGUUGAUGGACCUGUCUCCCUGGAGGACCAAGUUACAGGAAAUCAAGAGCAGCCUGGACAACCACACUGAGGUGGUUUUCAUUGCAGAUUUCCCUGGGCUGCAUCUGGAGAAUUUUGUGAGUGAAGACCUGGGCAACACUAGCAUUCAGCUGCUGCAGGGGGAGGUGAUUGUGGAGCUGGUGGCAGAACAAAAGAAUCAGACUCUUCAGGAGGGAGAAAAAAUGCAGUUGCCUGCUGGUGAGUACCAUAAGGUAUAUACGAUGUCACCCAGUCCUUCCUGCUACAUGUACAUCUAUGUCAACACUACGGAGCUUGCACUGGAGCAAGACCUGGCAUAUCUGCAAGAAUUAAAGGAGAAGGUGGAGAAUGGAACUGAAAUGGGGCCUCUACCUCCAGAACUGCAACCUCUGCUGGAAGGGGAAGUAAAAGGGGGCCCUGAGCCAACACCUCUGGUUCAGACUUUUCUUAGACGCCAGCGACGGCUCCAAGAGCUUGAACGCCGGAGAAAUACCCCUUUCCAUGAGCGGCUCUUCCGCUUCUUGCUACGGAAGCUCUAUAUCUUUCGCCGCAGCUUCCUGAUGACUUGUAUCUCACUUCGAAAUCUGGUAUUAGGCCGCCCUUCCCUGGAGCAGCUGGCCCAAGAGGUGACUUAUGCAAACUUGCGACCCUUUGAGCCAGUUGGAGAGUCAAGUCAUUCAAACACAGAUUCUUCGAAUUCUGAUCCCCCUGAGCCAAAUUCUGACCCUGUGCACUCAGAGUUCUGA